UUGGCUGGUAGCGGACAUUUCUGUAGAAGAAAAAGGGAAUGCGAAGAAAAUGGUGUUGGUUUUAAAAAACAAUUUGCUCUGAUUCAUAGCUGUUUAGGAUUCGAACUGCUGCUGCCGAAAUGUGGUUUAUGUUCUCUGGUCGAUAUUCAGUGAAAACGGUGAUUUAGUUUAGUUGGGUUUGGUGAAAUUGAUCAAAAGUCGAGAAAAAAGGUCAAAGUUUUCCAUCAGACGAUUGCACCCUAAUGGCGUAAAAUAGCAAAGGAGAGCGAUGAUUUAUGACCGAAAUAUGACUUUUCUUUUCGUUUGCCGUGAUUUAAAGUAGUGUGCUCAGUGUUUAAUUUUUUACGUAAAAACCGGACAACGAAUUCCGAACGCGAUGGAAGAAGUUCAAGUAAUCGAUUGUCCUCCGACUCCGGAGAUUCUCCUACCUUCCAGCACUCCACCGUCCAGUUCGCUGCUGGACAUGCUGGACAGCUCUUCGUCGGCCGAAGAGGUAGACGUAGGUUAUCCCACGCGAGCCGAGGAAGGAACGGCCGAAAGUGGCCGCAGUUCGCCACCGCCCAAGUGCGCAAUUUGCCUGGGCAAGUGCCGUCAAAAGUGCUACACUGACUCGUGUCGUCAUCAAUUUUGCUAUCGCUGUCUGCUCGAGUGGAGUAAGAUCAAAGCCGAAUGUCCACUGUGCAAGCAGGUCUUCCGGUCCAUCAUCUACAAGCAGAAAAUGUUCGACCGCUACGAGGAGCAAAUCAUCGGAAUUGUCCCACCGGGAUCGCCCAUGUUAGUCCCCAGCCGGGAUGGAUCGGUCGGUGGUUCCGGUGCAGUACGAGCGCCUCAGGUUUACCACCGGUUGGAUUUUACUCUCUCGCAGUCGCCCCGGUUCACCUACAGUGCAACGCUGCGGGUUCAGCCGAGUCAAAGCGAACGGCUGCAGCAACUGUUCUUGCAUCAGUCGGGAGACGUGCAGCGUUUCAGCCGGGAGUUUGCCGACGAUUCCAUUCCGUCGAGACAAAACGGGCCCGAAUGGAGACGGUACAUUUACCAUCGAAGGCUGCACGCUAGGCCACUGCCCGAUAUCAACGGUCGGUUGCGGGAAUGCAGUGCGGCCUUUUAUAGGGAAAACCCAGCUCAAAUUCACCGACUGAUGCCGUGGAUUAAUCGGGAGUUGAUAGCGCUGUGCCGCGGGAAUCCGUCACAAAUUACUUUGAUUAUGGAAGAUUUUCCCAAUCUUCUUAUGACGCAUGACAUCACAUCGACGACGUUUCGUGAACGAGUCUCCUACUGGGGCCGCAGCAGAACCGUCCACUUUAUCCAUGAAUUGUUGAAUUUCGCACGCUCACCGUACGACAUGAUCGGCUACGAUCGAAGCGUUCAGUACGAUCCCUACUACAAUAGUGUUGUCGUGCUUUCGUCCUCGUCAUCGUCUUCGGGAUCUUCUACGUCGUCCGUGUCCGAGGGUUCGGAUGGAGAGGAUGAUGUCGUUAGAAUAGUGGAACCAGUUCCCGGGACGUCUAGAACGGUUGAAUCGACCGGUGGCCCGAGUGGCAGCAGCAGAAGAGGCAGAACGCAGUUCACCAUCGAGACGAGAUCUUCCGAUCAAACCGUAAUAAUGACAGGAUCCUUCGGUGGGGCAGGAGUCAGCGGAAUUGUGUCGGUUUCGACGUCUGGCACGCAAACGAAUGGUAAUGUUGGAGGUGGUAGUAGCAGCUCUGGGUUCCCAGAUGUAAGCCGUAUGCAUCCGUUAACGUCAUUGCCAGCACCGGUCCCUGUAAGCCGUUUAGAUGAUGGAGCAAACAUUUCGCUCUCGUCCAGUGACAGUGAUGAUUGUAGAAUCGUGGGCGCAUUGAAGCCGCCGCACUUGAGGACCCCGGAAAUGGUUAGUCUUGAGUCUGAAAGUGACAGUGACGUGGUGUUUGUGAACGACGACGUAAACCGUAGAGAAGAACCGGUACCGUUGGUGAUUGUUCCAGUGGAUCAACAGGGUUUGGAUGCUAACUACAAACAGGAGAAUUCUGGCAAAUUGGAAGAAUGUUCAGGAGCUUCUGCUGCCGAGUAUAACAAUGGCGCAUCGACUUCUGGAAGCAGUGUGGCCGUUGGUACUGGCGCUGGUUCCGGGCUUAAGAAAUACUACGCCAAACCUCGACUCAACCGACCUUCGAAUGGCCAGGGCAUCAAGAGUAUUUACGAAGCAAGUGAAUCGUCGGAAAAAAGUGAAAAUUCGUGCACGCAAGCCGAUUCCGAUUCGUCUAGUCACGCAGAAGAAAAACACAAUAGCCGUAGCAAAGCCGCAGCCGCGGGUCGCAGGAGAAAAGCUACCAAACGACGUCCGGCAACGUCUGCGGAAACCAGUGACGAAAGCAGUGACCAGAGUUCAACUUCCGACGUGGAAAUUUCUCCCAACAGUAGUAGUAGUUUUCCAAUUACCAGUUCCAGCUGGAGCUCGGACAGCGGCAGCGAGAGUGACUUCAAAGUUCGACGAACCACCAGAGUGGCCGUAAAAAACCGAACCUCCAAAACGAAACUUCGCCAGCUGCGCAGCAGUUCCUCCAAGCGUCGUCAAAGCAAAUUGAAGAAGCGAUCCAAAGUGAAAAAGCAGAAAUCCCUCCCUAGCAGGACCAGUCGUAAACGUUCGAAAACGGCGUCCAAAUCGGCAAACAGCUCAAUCGAACAGCGGACUGCUAGCGUUCCCUUACCGGAAUCUCUGCCCAGUGGAAGCAAUACAUCACCUAAGCUAAGUUUAAAUGAUUCGCCGAGAAAGCGAAAGCUGCGAAGUGCAGUCAUAAAACCGGAAACUAGCGUUCAACCGACUCCGAAAAAACGACGCAAAGUGCCCAUCUGUUCGGAACUAAUCUCCAGUACAGACUUUUCCGCUGAAGAAGAACCACCCGUCGUUUCAGCAUCGGUGGCCAUUAGCGAACCGCUGCCGACUCCUCCGGAGGAGGCAGCCGAAAAGCCGCCUGGUUCACCACCGUCUUUUUCAGAGGUCUCUUCCGAAGACGACGGUAGUGACAGCGAAGAGCGUUGCACGAUCGCAUCGCUCAUAAAUGCAGCUAAACGUCAGUCGGCUGAAUCGGAUAAGAAAUCUGACCGGCAGAACACUUCUACUGCCUCCACCGGAAGUAGCAGUAGCGGCAGCAGCAGCAGCAGUAGCAGCAGUAGUAGUGCAGGCAGCAACAACAGCGCGAGCACCAACGCAUCGACGGGCACAUUUGGCUCGAACGAAUGCACGGUGGACACUUCGGUUAGUUCCACCCGAACCGAUAAUCAACGCUCGUCGCAGGCAUCCGACGAGGAAGCUUCCGUCUCGCAAACGAUUGCGGUCGGUGCCGAGGUGGAACUUUGAGAUUUACUGCGGACCGUCGAGUUCGAGGAGUGGUGAUCGGGUGGCACUGUACUCCUACGAGAGUAAAACUCUACCGGCAAAUUUUAGCUUUUUUCGACACCGCUCAACACACAUAAAGACGUCGUUAUGUGAUUCAUAAAGUGAAAAUCCAGCAGCUAGCCAGAAUGGACCCGGGCAGGGGCCCUUGGUAGCGCCUGAAACUGAAAUAAUUGUUCGUUUUUGGUCAACCAACAAACAAACAAACAAACGGUAUGUUCAUCAUGUAUGUAGUUGUUUUUGUUCCCCCCCAGAUUUGAACAGAGAAACUUUUUCGAGUUUAAUAUUAAUAAUAAUAAAAAAAAUAAAACGUUUGUCCUCGUGCACUAAAAGAACAGGACCAUUCAAAAUAUAAUCUGUAGCAUAUUAAAUGAAAGUGUAGUUUUUAAGGGAAUCCGACGAUGCAUCAUAAUAAUUGAAUAUAGAGAUAUUGAACAUUGAGCGUUUUCUUUGCAUCCUGCAGCAAGCUGUCCGACUGUACAAAGCACCGUUUUGUACCAUACUGAUACUGUCUAUAAACCAUUGUAAGCUUUCAUACCCCCGGGGGCUUUGCAAAGCCCCCGCGCAGCGGCGUAGGAUGCAGAAAACUAUUCGCUAUAAGCAUCAACCGAUAAACUUUAGCAACAACUUCUAAUAUAUAAUAAUAAA